GCAGGGCGUUUUGCAUUGGCGGCGUCGUUUUAUGCUUCCGCAGCCUAUGAAACCUAAAAUGAUCAUUUGCCUUCAGAUAAAAGAGAACCAGAGCUGGAAAACCGUUAAAGAAAGCUUGUCUAGCCAUUGACGGGGAUUGGAUAAGGUUAUUGAUUUACUCGUCCAAGGCCUCUGCUCUUAAUCCAGGUAGAGUAUUCUAUCACUGAACUGCCGUUUCAAUUUCCAAACUCAUCUCUUUAUUUAUAAAGUGAGUGGUAGUUCUUGUAAUUCUAUGUAAGACUGCGCACAAUGUACUCUAACCUGACAAAGAGCCAAGUUUUUCCUAUUGUUAUUAGAUUUUCUUCACAAACCAAAUGUAGCCAACAGUUUCAUACCUCAAAAACCCAAUCUUUACCAAUUGGGUCUUGUCCAAAACCCUCACUAAACCCUUCCUUAAUUUGUACCACCCAUAAAGCUCUCCACUUUCACCAUAAGUCCUUAACAAUUAGCAGUGUGGAAAAACCAGGAUGAGAAGUGCUAUACAGUGUUGUUUUUUGCCAAGAGCUAGAAGCUCAUGGAGUUUGCAUUCGAAAAGAGUUGGUGAAGAAAGAGAUUUAACUAGAGCAGAAAAAUCUUUACCUUGGUUAUCCUCAGAGAAAGUGAAUGAAAAGAAAGGGUCACAUAAAGUGGAAAUUGAGAAGACUAAUGGUCGUUCUUCUUGGGAGGAAUCGUUGGAUAGAUUGAAGAAAGAGAAUAAUCGUUCCUCUUGGGAGGAAAGACCAAAAAGGUCGGAGGUGACAGUAGGAAAAACUGGACAGUCCUCGUGGGAGGAAUCUGGUGAAUCCUUUUUGGGAAAAAGAGGUGCUCAGUCACUGGAUAUUAGACACAGGAAGGUAGGCAUGAUGAGGGAUCAUCAUAAUGGUAACCAUGGCAGAAGGGAUGAAAGCAAUGAAGAAAAAGGAGUAAGAGAAGAGGAUGAGGUUGUCCAUGAUCCAAGAUGGGAUAAGAUUAAGAGUAGAUUUAGAGAAAUGGUGGAUGUAGAACUUGGGUCUGAGAAACCAGAGUUUCGAAGAUGGAAUAAACAGGAAAGUUGGGGUAGAAAAACAUGGAAAGAGGCUACUGAAUCAACUUUACCUAAGAUGGUUGGUGAAGGGGUUUAUGGGGUGGGUCCUGUUUUGGCUGCAUUGUCAGCUGGAAGAAGAGAGUUCUAUGCUUUGUAUGUCCAAGAAGGAUUAGAUUUGAGUAGUAAUAAUAGGAAAAAGAAAGAUAAGAAAGGGUUUGAAAAAGUGUUUAGGAUGGCUGAAAUACUUGGGUUAAGUGUAAAAGAAGUUUCAAAGCAUGAUCUCAAUAUGGUUGUUGAUAACCGCCCCCAUCAGGGUUUGGUGCUAGAUGCUUCUCCAUUAGAGAUGGUGAAAAUAAAGGAAUUGGAUCCUGUCUCAAAUGACGAAGAGAAAGGUUCUCUUUGGGUAGCUUUAGAUGAGGUUACUGAUCCUCAGAAUUUGGGGGCAAUAAUUAGGUCAGCUUACUUCUUUGGAGCCUCAGGGGUGGUGCUAUGUGCAAAAAAUUCAGCCCCAUUAAGUGGUGUUGUGAGCAAGGCAAGUGCUGGCUCACUUGAACUAAUGGAGCUUAGAUAUUGCAAGAAUAUGAUGCAGUUUUUAGAUUCAUCAGCUGAAAAUGGUUGGCGGGUUCUUGGGGGUUCUGUUUCUUCUAAAGCUGUUCCCUUGAAUGAACUUUUGCCAGGUGUACCAACCAUCCUUGUCUUAGGCAGUGAAGGCACUGGCUUGAGGCCUUUAGUAGAGAGAUCAUGCACUCAGUUAGUUAGGAUUCCUGGAAACAUUCCUGUGGACAUAGCAGCCAGAGAGCUCGAUGAUACUGAACCUGCAGAAGUAGAUUCUGGGAACUCAGGCGAGGAGUUUCGGUCCUUUUUGGCUGUGGAGAGCUUGAAUGUCAGUGUUGCAGCAGGUGUGUUUCUUCACAAUUAA